AAAAAAGUACAUGCGAGGGCGUUGGGCCUCGUGUAGCCAGCUAGAAACACCACGCUGGAUGAUUUGCACAUGCAGGCAUGUUCACUCUUCAGUGUGGCUUGUUCGGGAUUCUGGCGCAGAGGCCGCGGGAACCGGUUCCGAGGCCUUUCAAGAACUGCCCAGGAGCGGCUCCCAGUGCGUCCAGAAGAUGCAGGAAUCUUUGACGAGCUGAAUCUGCACGCAGAAGCUGGACAAAUAGAACCAGCACAGAAGAUUUUUCGCAAGCUGCAAGCCACGACCCACGCAGAAGGUGGACUACAUCGCAUGGUCUGGAACACCAUGCUGAAGGCUCACGCCAAUGCUGGCGAUGUCCCAGGCGCGCGGGCCCUUUUCGAGGCCAUGAAGACGCACUCAGUGACACCCAACCGGCAGACCUUUGGGAAGCUUGGCGCGAUCAACUGAUCAACUGAUGAACGUAUCGAUACGUUAUGGGUGCUCGGGAGAACUGACAUCUUCGCCAAGGUUCCGGAUUUCAUCCUGGUUUAUGCCCGUGAUGCCCAUGAUGUGCCCUAAGAAAAAGGUCGUUUCUUUUUUUCCUAUACCAGGCGCACGUGAGGUAAGAGGGCAGCCCAUGCUUUGAUGGUUUCUCGCCCAAGCAUGGACCAUUGCCAUGUGGGUCUUUCUGUCUGGGGUGGACUUCGUCGAGCAACCCGCUGGUUCCGAGGGGACGGAACGAACUACCAUCGAGCGUUGGCGUCCAGUCAUUCUCUCGUGCUCUGUGGCGUCCCUCCUCCCUCCUCCCUCCGUGCCCUUUCAGGAAGUUGAUGGAAGCGGCCGCGAAAGCCGGCGACGUGCGCGGCGCGG